CCUCAAGAGUACAGAAGACGCUAAUGUAAACGUGGAAACAGACUGAUCCUAGCGUGCAGUACAAUUGAAGCAAUAUUUUGGAGUUUUGCGGCCUUUUUGAGAAGAAAAUCGAAUAGUGACGACAAUCAAAAAUGGCCAGGGCUGCUUUGGUUACAGGUUCCAACAAAGGUAUCGGUUUUGGCAUAGUCCGGUCCCUCUGCAAGAAACUAGACAGCGACUGGACGGUGUACCUGACCUCCAUGAUAGAGGAGGAAGGGAGAGAGGCCGUGGCCAAACUGAAUCAGGAAGGGUUGAAACCAGCCUUCCACCAGCUUGAUAUCUUGGAUCAGGCCAGUAUUGACGGGAUGCGGACACACUUGCAGAAGGAGCACGGAGGUCUGGAUAUUCUCAUCAACAACGCUGGCAUUGCCUUCAAGGAAAAUGCUACAGAAUCCAUUGGUGUUCAGGCCAAAGCUACCAUAGGAACCAACUUCUUUGGGACUCUGGCUAACUGUCGAGCUCUGAUCCCCCUGAUACGGUCUCACGGAAGAGUUGUCAACGUUGCAAGCCGACGAGGGAAGUAUGCAUUUGAAGCCAUGAGUUCUGAGGUCCAAGGUCGCUUUCUGGCCGCCAAAACUGAGCAAGAUGUUGAACAACUCAUGAAAGAUUACAUUGAAAUUGCCGAAGGUGGCGACCCAGCUAGCAAAGGUUGGCCGGCAUCCACCUAUGGUACCUCCAAGAUGGGUCUGAUUGCGCUGAGCAAAAUACAGGCGGCUGAUAUUCUGAAAGACAAGACUAGAGAAGACAUCCUUAUCAUGGCUUGUUGUCCUGGCUACGUGCGCACGGACAUGUCCAGUCAUACAGGCGAGAUUUCUAUCGAUGAAGGGGCUGAUACGCCAGUCUACCUUGCCCUCCAACCCAAAGGCUCCAGGGAAACCCACGGCAAGAUGUACAGGGAGAGGGUGGUCUACUUUGAUUUCUAAGUCGCCCAAUAUUAGCUUGUACUUAGACACACAGAAACCAAGGGCGUUAGCACAGGCUAAAUUUUAAGCUCUUCUCAUUGGAUAAUUGGUUAGUAAUGGCUCCAGGGGGCUCAGGAAGAGAGUGGUCUACUUUCAUGUCCAAGUCUUCCAGUAUUAGCUUGUACUUAGACACACAGAAACCAAGGCCGUUAGCACAGGCUAAAUUUUAAGCUCUUCUCAUUGGAUAAUUGGUUAGUAAUGACUCCAGGGGGCUCAGGAAAGUGGUUUACUAUCAUUUCUUAGUCUCCCAGUAUUAGCUUGUACUUAGACACACAGAAACCAUGGCUGUUGGUACAGGCUAAAUUUUCAGCUCUUCUCAUUGGAUAAUUGGUUAGUAAUGACUCCAGGGGGCUCAGAGAGAGAGAGUGGUUUACUUUCAUUUUUAAGUCUCCUCAUAUUAGCUUGUACUCACGCACCCAAGAUUCAAGGGUGCUGGUACAGACUGCAUUUUCAAAGGCCCUUAUUGGAUGAUUUACCUGUGAUUGACUGGAGGGCCAGGACAGUAAAGAAGAAUUGAUUGUAUUCAUGAUGAGGUUUUGAUAAAGGCGAUGACGAAUUUAAGUUCAGCAAUUCCAGAGCAUGACCAAGUGAUGUAAGUUUUGAUUUCCAUUUAGAAAACUCUUUCAAAGAGAUUUACAAAGAGAUGUAAAAAAAAUGUUUAUUGUAAAAUAUUUGAAGUGUUUAAGCAAGGUUUCUGUACACUUCAUUGAGGAUACUGAAAUAAUGUACAACAGCAAAGUGAUUUUUUGCGACUUCUUUUGUUCUGAUAUUAAAAAUAAGUUUGUUACUGUGAUUUUUUUUAAUUGUAUACUUAUAGGGACACAUUAUAGGAGAUUGUGCUCUGUAUGAUUAUUAAUCAUUUUAUUGCUUUGUUCUUUGCCAACCAUGCCAGCCCUGAUAUUUUGUAACGAUCAUAAUUUAUCUUUAAAAAUGAAAAAAAAAAGUCUCAAUGUCUUCAGUUUAGAUUAGACGACAGAGGACAUUUAAAUUCUGAAAUAGGGUAAAACUGAAAUUGGAAUGUGUGGUCAUGGAACAGCAUUUAAUUAAAGUUGACUCAUCAAUUUUGUAAAAAGAACUUUUUGUUUCUAUCAGA